UGAGAGAGGAUCGAGGGUUGUUGAUGUUGUUGAAUUGAAAGGGGGAAAUGGGUUUGUCUUCAAAUGAAUCGAUAGAAUUAUGCAUAUUUGAUUUGAGGAGAGGGCAACACGAAGGUCAAGAGCUCGACAAGAUCUUGUUCUUCUUCCCCGCGGGUUUGCCUUUCUCUAAGCAACUUUCUGUUAUUGGCCUCAGUGAAGGACUCAUCACUUUUACAAGAAUUUUCUCUCCAGAGGCUGCUUGCGAGGUCAUCGAAGCAGAAAGACAUUCUCAUGUUUUUUAUGAGGCCGAACCUGAUAUAUGGAUCGUCAUGGUAGUGGAGAAAUGCAAUGAUUCAGAACCUAUAUGGAGAGAUGAUGCAUUAAGAAAAGUUCUCAAGGAAAUUCACUCACUUUUUGUAAUGUUUCAUGGAUCUAUAAGAGCAAUGCUGGAGAAAGAACCUGGUGGGGGACUAAUAAGACGUCAUUUGUAUUCCUUUAUCAUGGAUUAUCUAAGGGCAUGUAAAAAGCCGUCUCCGUGGGAUAAUUGCUGCUGUGAUUUUCUUGUGGGGAAGAAGCUCCUUUUACCAUCAUUCCAUGAUUGCUUAAAGGAACGUGGAACUGUGCAGAUGCUGACAAUAGGUCGGGAGGCUGCGAUAGAGGUUCAGUCACUUGUCAGGGUGCUCGAAUCUUCUGCUGGAAAUACUGCCUGCUACUCUUUGAUUUUAUUUCAAGACCUGCUGGUGUCUACAACACUAUCUCCUGAUGACACCAUAAAUUUAUUCACAUAUGCUGUGCUAAGGUUGACCCCACAUGCUCUAUCUUCUGGAGCAAGUUCCUGGUCCUACUUGCGUAAAGCAAAUACUGCAUCCAAUGUUGCCACUGAGUCUAACAGUGCCCAUCCAAACUCUAUAUCUGAAAGUUUUUAUGGCUCAUCUGAUUCAUCCCCUGGAGAGGAUAACCACUGUCAUGUUGUGAGGCCCUUACAGAGUAACAAGUGGUCCAAAGGAAAAGAUGGUUAUCUUGUCACUGAUUUAUGGGGUGCUGAGGUUGGUACGUGGGUGUUUGCCACCCCAACAGUUUUGCUUGAACAGACAGGAGAGAGAAUGUAUCUCUGUGCUUAUCAGCAUAGAAACCUUACUUUGAUGCUUCUUAUUCCUGUAUCCUCCAUACCUAACGGGGAACAAGGUGUGUCAGCAGUGAAGCAGCAAGUUGUUGAAAAUGCAUCACUUAAGAUAUUGAAAGUUGAAGAGAAACUAUCCAAAGGAUGGGGUGGUGAGAAUGCAUAUCAUGUCGGUGGGUACCGCUAUUUAUUAGUGGAUGGCGAUAGGAAUGUAUCCAGGGCUUCUCCAGCAAAGAAAGUUACAACUUUAACUAAGGAGUCCUUACUUACUAUGAACAAGCUUAGACAAGAGGUUGAGUUGGAGAAGAGUAGAGCAAAACUGGAUAGCUGUUCUUGUGAGAAAGAUCUAGAGGUGUGCAUUAGAGCCAAAAAUAAUGCUUGGGUUAUUUCUCGAGUCACAAGAGGAAAGGAGCUUUACAUGGUUCUCGAGAAAGCCAAUGAAACCCUUCUAUAUGCCUCAGAUGCUGUCGAGAAGUUUAGCAACAGGUAUUGCAAUGGAACCUUUUCACUGGACUGAGGGAACCCAAGUUGUGCGGACUGAGGAAUAGCGCACUCAGCUGUCCUCUAAUCUUGAUUUCCCCAAUAAAGUUGAAAACUUUUCCACUGUUUAAUUCUUCUCACCCGUAAAUUCGAGAAAAUAGAAAGAAUUCUACUGUGUUUAUAUGUCUCUGUAUAUUAAUUGUAAUUUUGUACUUAUUCAAGGAC